UUUGUCUUAUGGUUUGAGUGAAGUUACCCAUCAAAGUCUAAAUUAUUGCUCGCCCACCCCGAACAUAAAGGAAUACAUUUCUAUCUCGCUCAUCACUUUUGUGCGCUGGAGAAAAGGUCUGUGAAGUCCUGUUGACUCUACCUCCUCUAUGGCUUGUGUGUGACAGAAGAAAGGACGCAAUGCCAGCACAGCUGGCCCAAGCUCUUUACGAUAAUGCAGCGGAGAGCCCAGAAGAACUCAGUUUCCGCCGAGGGGACGUGAUGUUGGUUCUGGAGAAAGAUGCCCCGGCACUUGGGGGGUGGUGGCGUUGUUCUUUGAGAGGGCAACAAGGAAUUGCUCCAGGGAAUCGAUUAAAACUACUUCCUGAGAUCUCAUCACAGGAAUGUGAAUAUCAGGCACCACGUUUUCUGGGAACAGCAACAGAGGCUGCAGAUCCUGGAAGCAGAUCUGAGGAGCCACAAAACAAACAUAAUGUGUCACAAGCUCAGAUAAGCAGCGAGGUGUAUCAAGUUCCCCCCAUUGCACGGCUGUGUCUCUCCCUUCCAUCAGUCAAAACUCAGGAAGACAUUUACAAUUCACCACGCCUCGUUGGAGUAUCUUCACAAGAAUCGACAGAGGUAUAUGAUAUGCCUUCUAUACCCAUAAGAGAUCCAUUAUCUACCUUAGAGAUAUAUGACAGUCCAGCACUGCGAGUGAAGGAUGCGGCUAUUGCACACACUGCGUCUGAAGAGAUUCCAGAGGAUAUAUAUGAUGUACCUCCUGCAUUACAUGGUCUGUCGCAGGAGAUCUCUGAGGAAGAUGAAGACGAGGGCAUUUAUUCCCUUCCCUCUAACUUAAAACGUGUAUCUGGGCUGCAGAAUUUGUACGAGGCUCCUGAGGAUAUUCUAAGUACAGGACAUCCUCCUGAAACUGUAGAGCCAGUCAACACUCACCGUCUCUCGGUGUCUAGCACAGGCAGUGCCCGGUCUGCAGAUUCUGGAGGGAGUAGGGAGUCUAGCAUCCCAACCCUACUGACUUGGGAGAGCCAUAGCAAUGCCACCUGUACAGUGGAGUCUUUGAGGUUGCUGCAUCAGGAACUACAAAGAACCAUAUCACUUGUGAAUGAGGGUACAUUAGAAGGCACAGGAAGAGGGUGUCCAGAAUAUGUAACAGGAGGGCGGACUGUGGAAGCUCUGAGGGAAUUUCUUGGUAUGUCGCAUGUUCUUCUCUUGCGAUCGUGCCAAGCCUCAGACCCUGCCCUGCAUCGAGAACUCAAUGGGCACCUUGAACAGUUGGAGUAUGCAUUGAGAGAUCUUAUGGAUGGGGGUACUGAGAUGACAAAACUCAUUCAGGAGCAAAGCGGGUGCAUUGUUAGACUUGUCAGUGCUAAUGCUGGCAUCCUUUUCCCACGGCCACGUUUGUCCUCCAGUGAGAGUCUUUCUCGAAGGCCACUUCCAGCCCUGCCUGCAACUGCAUCCCCAGCACCUCACCGCAAGGGCAGCAUCCAGGACAGGCCUCUGCCGCCGCCACCUACCCUGGUUCCUCCCCCAAGUGAUCCAGGAGAGAAUGCAGACAGUGAAUACGAGAGGAUACAAUGUAGAGACAAUCAUUAUGUGCAUCUACAGGGAACUGUUACCGCUCAGACGGUACAAAAACCCAGAGACGUACAGACAGACAAAGAGCAGAGCCAAUCACAAGAGAGAGAGGUGAACCCUUCAGAGGAGGACCGCCAACUGUUACGUUUUUAUGCAGCUCAAAGUCACGGCCACCUACAGACUCUGCAGUCCUGCGUGGGCACCUUUCUUGGCAGUGCCAGUUCACAACCUCCCCGUGUGUUCGUGGGACACGGGAAGCAGUUAGUGAUUGCUGCUCACAAGCUUGUGUUCAUCGGAGAUACUCUUGGUCGACUGCUUGGCUGCACCCAACUGCAAACAAAACUAGCCGGGGAAGGAGCAGCUCUGUGCCAAGCACUGAAAGAAGUGGUCCUGGCAACAAAAGAAGCCGCCGCGAAAUACCCAUCACCCGCUGCACUAAAAGCCACAGCCAGCAGCGUCUCAGCGCUCUGUACAUGCGCACGCAGCUUUACGGACCUGUUACAAAGUUUAGCUAGCUGAGAACGACGCACUCUGGCCAACAUUAUCAAUCACCCACCCCCCGCGUUACGGUUUUAUUAUGUAAUAUAUCUUUUUGUAAUUUUUUUUUAAAGCAGAUUUAUUUAUUUUUAUGAGGGCAACUCAAUACUGCUAUAGUAUCAAUUAAAUAAGAGUCACCACCUGCCCAAUUAUGAGUGAUAUGGGUAUACAACAUGCUUAUUUUGGCAGUGAUGAAAAUUUGAUAUAGAUAUAUAUAUAUAUCAUGGCAAUCACUAUAAAAGCAAAUGUGCCCAUAUUAAAGCCUCAAUAAAUUUAGUGUUAUACACUUA